AUGUUCCGCAGCACCAAAUACCUCUCCCAGCUCAUUUAUCGCCAAUCUUCUCGGCAAUUGCUGAACACUGCCGACUUUGCGUUCGUGUUCGAUAUCGAUGGAGUGCUUGUGCGCGGCUCAAAACCACUUCCCGGCGCAAAACCAGCACUUGAACUUCUUCGCCAAAAUCAAGUUCCUUUUUUGCUUUUAACGAAUGGCGGCGGAGUUACCGAAACUGAACGGGCGCUGUUCUUAUCGGAACGAAUUGGCGUGCCGCUUUCGCCUCGGCAACUUGUCCAGUCCCAUACACCAAUGAAGUCGUAUAUUGGACAAUGGGACCGGGUGAUGGUGGUUGGUGGUCCAUACGAUCUGGCCCGGAAAUGUGCAAUUGAGUAUGGAUUUAAGGACGUUCUCAUGCCUCACGACUUGGUCAAUGCCACUCCAGGCAUUUCUCCACACCAUCGGUACUCAAAGGAGUUUUUAGAUCGAUAUGCAUUGAGUCCAUCGGAAGUAGACCUCGAUAAACCGGUGGAUGCAGUUCUUGUAUUUAACGAUUGCCGUGACAUGGGAACCGAUAUUCAGGUGAUUUUGGACCUUUUGAACUCGGAAAAUGGAAAAAUAGGCACAAAGAGACCGGUAAGUGGGGGCGGAACCGAACCGGCAAUUCCUAUAAUUUUCAGCAAUAAUGAUUUUUUGUGGGCAGCCGAUUAUCCUCUCCCCCGCUUUGGUCAGGGAGCUAUCCGUAUGAUGGUGGAACGACUCUACAAAGAGCAAAACAACGGAGCUGAACUUCGGUCAAAAAUUCUCGGAAAACCAUUUGUGAGUCAAUAUGAAUUUGCUGCAAAAACUCUUGUGGAGUGGAGUGGGGGACAACGGUUUCCGCCACUUUUACAUGGUGGGGGACAAUCCUGCGUCGGAUAUCCAAGGCGCUAA